ACAGACAAUCUUAGUUGAUGAGAUUCAGACAACACAAGACCCAAGUUGUCGCGUGUUGUCACGUGAGAGAAGAUAUUUCGUUGCACACCAACGUGAAACGAACGAGACGUGUGUUUUUCGAAUAUUCUCCGAUCUCGCCGCACGCAGCUGUUAUUAUGUAUGAUCCCUCUCAUGGCACAUAACUGUGGAUGUGUCAAAUCAGUCCGGACUUUUGGGGCAAGCCACGUGUUCUGCUGGUUUUUAUGUUGAAAAUGUCACUUGGUGUGUUGUUGUUGUUGUUUUUUUUUUACAGGGCCGAGUAUUUAAUCCUGCACGUGUACAUACUGAUCACCGCCCGAGCUGCUGCUGGUUAAACGAUCGCGGGGAGUUCUGAACUGACGGAGAGGGGGCUGGUGGAGGAUGAACCGACCGCUCCUGGACGUUAAUGGGAGACACUGCGGUCUCUGCGCUCCGCCGAUACACAGUCGUACUGCUUAUUGGUGGAGGGGGGGGGGACUCCUGAGGCUGGUACAGGCAAAGAGUGAAACAUGAGCCCCGCUCCGGUGCUGGUGUUCCUUGUACCGCCAGUGAAGUCAGUUUUGGGGUUCUGGGCGUGUUGUGCCUGCACGCAGGCCUGGUAUUAACCACCGAUAGAGAACUUUUCCGAGACCCAAAGUUGUCAGGCAGCGCAUCUUGCACGCAUGCGCAUCCCUCUCUCCUAUCCUGCUCUAAAUAAGAGUUAAAACAGAAACGAGGUUGGCGGAUAUUAGAGGAGUGGGAAUGACGGAUACUCCACCCAGCGACGGCCCCUCCCAGGGAGCGGAGUUUGACAUGAUGGGUGCUCUGGACUGGAAGGAUGGUAUCGCCACGCUGCCGGGCAGCGACAUCAGGUUUCGCAUGACAGAAUUUGGGACCCUCGAGAUUGUCACAGACCUCGAGGUCAAAGGGCAGGAGACUGAGCCUAACCGUAAGACCUUGAACCCAGCUCCGUCUCAUACUCCCACCCCUCCCCCAGAGGGCCAAUCGCAGACCAGCAUAGCCAAAGCUCCCGCCAAUCAGAGUCGGCCGGGAUCGUCUCAAGCUAAAGCUGCUGGUCCCGUCCUUCUGUCUUUAGCGGAGGGCCCCAGCGUUGAGGAUGGUCCCAGUGUUGAAGUUGGCUCUAGCGCUGACAUGGGCCCAAAUGGGGAGCUGUCACGAUGCCGAGCCUGUGGUGGACGUUUUUCCCGGGACGCUGCCUUUCAGGGAAAAUUCUGUAGCUCCGUUUGUGCACAACCCUCCAGUGGCAGAUCGUCUCCAGGGGAAGCUCGAGAGGCUCAGACAGUUGAAGGUGAGAGGCUGGGUAAACGUGUGCGCAAAAAGAGGAAGAUCUACAUGGAUUCCGGUGACGAAGAGGAAGACAACCAAGAGGAACCAGAGGAAAAAGCCAAGACGACCAAAGGCAGGAGAGGGGCCAAAAUUGCAAAACUGGUGGCUGCCCCUCCCAAUAAGAAGCGGGCAUGGAGCUGGCCCGCUUACAUUGAAGAGGAGAGGGCCAUUGCUGCCCCUGUUAAACUAUUCAAAGAGCACCAGUCGUUUCCUCAAAGCAGGAACAGUUUCAAGGUUGGAAUGAAGCUGGAGGGACUUGACCCAUCACACCCGUCUCUGUUCUGUGUGCUCACCGUCGCUGAGAUCCAGGGAUACAGGGUGAGGCUUCACUUUGACGGUUACCCAGAAUGCUAUGACUUCUGGGCCAACGCUGACUCAUGGGACCUGAAACCGGCUGGCUGGUGUGAGAAGAACGGACACAAGUUGCUGUUGCCUAAAGUUUGUCUUGCAGGUUGUAAAGAUGGAGAGUUUAAUUGGAGCAUGUAUGUGAAGAACUGCAGGGGUCAGCUGGCCCCAAAACACCUUUUCAAGAGCCUCAACACAUCUGUGACUCCGUCUGGAUUCAGAGCAGGAAUGAAGCUGGAGGCGAUCGAUAGGAAGAACCCCUCGUUGAUCUGCGUAGCAACCAUUGCUGCUGUCGUCGACAACCGCCUGCUCAUUCAUUUUGACAACUGGGACGACACGUAUGAUUACUGGUGUGACGCCAGCAGUCCGUACAUCCAUCCUGUGGGGUACUGUGAAGAGGCCGAGCUAACUCUGACCACUCCAGCUGGUAAGACACAGACCAAGACACAUGUGGAAUAUAAACAAGCCAAAAGUUUCUCAUGGGAGAAAUACCUGGAAGAGACGGGAACACAAGCUGCUCCUGCUCGUGCCUUCAAACCGCGACCUCCGCAUGGCUUCCAGUUUGGGAUGAAAGUGGAAGCGGUUGAUAAGAGGAAUCCCAUGCUCGUCCGUGUUGCGACCAUAGCAGACACAGAGGACCACCGACUGAAGAUCCAUUUUGAUGGCUGGAGUUCAGAGUAUAACUACUGGGUGGAGACGGACUGGCCCGAUCUGCACCCCGUUGGGUGGUGCCAGAAAACUGGACACCCUCUACAGUACCCCAACGGGUCCAGUGAUAUAGUGACUGCCCCAGGACAAGGAUGUCCUACCCCAGGAUGCAAUGGGGUCGGCCACAUCAGAGGACCUCGCUAUGGGACCCAUUACACCCAGGUGAGCUGUCCCUACUCUGAGAUGAACCUGAACAAGGAGGGCUUGCUGCCGGACCGUCUCAGCGGAGAGCGGCCCCUCGCCCUCAGCGGACCUCAUCCUCGCGGGCGACGCCCCGAUCCUCACACAAACACCACGACGCACACCCCCUCUACGCCCGAGCAGCCUGAGGCCCCCGAGGACUCCCAGAACAGGAAACCGGCGACAGUGGAAGCUGAGCGUGUCGUGCGCAACAACCAGCCUGAGCCACCAGGUGGAGCCAGUGAGCAGGGCCUCAAUGGAACCAGACCCAAAAGGACGGCUCCAGUUCCCAAAUACCUGAAAAUGCACUAUGUUAAAGAGGAGAUUGGCGACGGUAAAGCCUCUCCAGAUGCCAUCUCUCUGCAGCAGGCCCUCCACGAGUCCGUGUUCUCCCCCGGCAUCUCUACCUCCCCCCCUCACCGGGUGGCUCUCUGCUGGGACAAACACUGCCAGCUGCUGCCUGAGGUCCUGGGGCUGACUGCCAAGAGAGUGGCCACUUGGAGCGCCGAGGAGGUGGCCAGUUUCAUCAAAGGACUCCCCGGAUGUAAAGAACACGCUGCUACAUUUAAAACAGAGCAAAUAGAUGGUGAAGCCUUCCUGCUACUCACUCAAGCUGACAUUGUCAAGAUCCUAUCAAUCAAGUUAGGACCCGCCCUGAAGAUCUACAACUCCAUCCUCAUGUUGAAGAACGCCGACGAGGAGUAAGACCGCGAUGCUCCACUUUAAUCAACUCUCAGCUAAAGACACUUUAGCUCAGCCUGUUGAUUUCUGCGACGACGCAGCUCCGAAGCAGAAAGAAGAGGAAGCCAUCAUCUUGAAAACGUCCAUGUGUCCCCCCACACCCUCUGCUCCCUCUGUGACGGACAGCACUGGUCUUCAUUGAGGGAAGAUACCACGAGGAUCUCACUUAUAUUGUCUUUGUUUACCUAGCAAAUCAUUUAAAAAAAAAAAACUACAGCACCUUUAAGGCUUGUUAAUAUUGUACAGAUAAUGAAUUGGAUUCAGUGUCUCAAUUCUGUUGAAUUUUUUGUUUUGUUGUAAUGAAACGGUGCUCGAGCUCAGAGCACAUGGAACAAGCAUGUUUGUGGGUUGUUGCUUUUUUCUUGCCAGCAGAAUUUUUUUUUUUUCUUCUUUUCUUUUUUUAAGCUGCAAUAUACAAUCGAGAGGUUUUUAAAUGUGAAACCCAGUGGAGAAGCACUAUGUAGUACAGCUGUUCUCCUCUAGGUGGAGAAAUUGGGCCGCUUCACUAGCCCCACAGGCAGGAGAGUCUGGUUCAUUUGGAGUUGGCUGAAGCUGAGGUUGAAUGGGGGAUUGUUAACAUUAAGUGUGUGUGCGUGAAUGCGCGUGUGUGUGUAUUCAGUGUGUUGAGGAUGUAAUUUCCCACAAGCCUGUGGGUGUUGCUCCUCUGGUCGGGGGAUCGUUUUGUGACAAGUGGAGCUAAGGGCUAAAUGGUUAAGUCAAGGAAACUUUGCUGUCUUUCAAGGUGGAAUGAACCAGCUGUGUUUGUCUCUGGCACAUGAAUAUGAAUGUUUAAAAAAAACAAAAAACAUCUUUUAGUUGUUUUGUUGAUGCUGAUCAUCUUGUUUGGUUCAAAUAACCUCUAGUCAUUCACAUUGUAAAUAGUAUAUAGCUACGAAAAAGACUUGUCUUUGCUUCUUUCAAGAGUUUACUCCGGCUUGGUUCAUGCAGAGCCCUGACGUCGGUCUCCAGGGACGGACAUUGUGACAUGAGCCUCAAUUCAUAAUUUUUUUGGGGGGGGGGACACAAAAAAGCAUCGUCGGUGUCUCUGUAAAUGAGUGUGCACUUCAACCAGUUGGAAUGUGUACAUUAGCCACUGUUUAUAUGCAAACAGCUUUUAUUUAUGUGUUCUAAUUUAAAGGGGCGACGGUACGCUGCUCUGGAGGUAGAUGUGGCUGUUUGACGGAAUGGGUGGAAAUAAAAGAUGCACACACUA